AUGCCAGGUCUAGUGGUGGGUGCCGCGCUGGCGAGCCUUCUGUGGCUCCCCGUGGUUUGCCUGCUGGGCUUCAGGGAGCCAACCCCGGGCCAAAGAGCCCUGGGGGCCGUGUCCUUCCAGAGCAAGGAGAGCCAAUUGAAUGACAGGCCGGUGAUCGCCAUCCUGGCCAGCAAUUGUGGCAUCCUCUACAACUGCAGCUCCUACAUCCCUGCGUCGUAUGUGCAUCUGCUGGAGCAAGGCGGAGCCCAGGUGGUGCCUCUGCAUCCCGAGAUGCCUGACGACGAGUUUGACCAUGUCCUCGCCCACGUCAACGGCGCCAUGACGAUUGGAGGUUUCUUUGACCUGAAUGGUACGGCAGAGUACCACAUCAGGAAGCUUUACGACCACGCGCUCAAGCUAGCCAAGGGCGGCGAGGUGUUCCCUCUCUGGGCAACCUGUGUCGGUAUACAUGAUGUGGCUCAAAUGGCCACCGGCGUGGUCUAUGGCGAGUUCCUCCACCGCACCUCCGCAGACAACCUCGCGCUACCCCUGCGCUUCACGGGUGUUCAGGAGAGGGAGCUUUUCGACGAGUCGUCGUUCCCAGGGUCUGCGGUCUAUCGCCAGUGGCUGCAAGACGCAGCGCUGACCUUCCACCACCAUCUCUGGGGCAUCCGUCCCGAGACUUUUCAGCGAUUCCAGGCGCUGCGCGACUCCUUUGAGAUAGUCGCAACCGCCGUAGAUCGCAAUGGCCAGGAGUUUAUAGCGCUCAUGCAGGGGCGCCAUCACGCCAUCUUCGCUUCAGCCUUCCACCCAGAAAAACCCGCCUUCGAGUGGGGGCUGCACAGAACGGGCCUGCUCCAGAACACGCAGAUUCCGCACUCGCGCCGAGCAAUCCUGGUGAACCUCCACUUUGGUGCUGCCUUCGUCCAGCAGGCUCGGCAGAACCUCCGGAAGUUUCUGCCCGGAGAGCUGUCAAAGCGCCUGAUCUACAACCAUCGCGUGGACUAUACCGCGCGCUUUCCGGAGCUCAUCCGCUACUUUGAGCAGAGCUACAUCUUCUGA